AACCCCCAAAUACACUGUUAGAAGUUAGAUUCCGUUGAAAAGUCAAAAAAAUUAGGGAGUUGGAUGGGCAUUUACUUUUAUCUAAAGAUGGUCCUGAUCUAUAUUGCUGUCGUGUUCAUAUAUUGAUUCGGCCUCUUCAUGUGAAAUGAUAUGGUUGGUGUAAAAAUAUACAUUUUUUUACUUUGAAAUUAAAAAAUAUUCAGAUUAUCUUCAUGUUUAAUUUUUAAAGGGUGAUAGUUGCAGACUAAAGUUCUUUAACGAAAAGAUAGUAGACCAAAACAUUCAACGCAAAAGUGAAUUGUUCAUAUCUGACCAAAUUGGUUGUAAGCCGCAAGCUGCAAGCAUUUCAUUUUAUUGAAAUGAAUCCGACCGUACCUUACCAACAAUAGACAUGUCAGAUGAUACUAAUAUCAUAUAAAUUCCAGGAAGAUGAAGCUAAAAAAAUCAAUACAGGACGAUAAUUCGUUUUAUGUCUUUCAAUUUUGUUGUACUUGCAUUAUUACCUUUUGGUAUUUGGACAGCAGAGCAGAGAGACAAACACUCCUGAAAAGGUUGGUGAAAACAUGACAACUUUCGCAAACAUCGCUAUAUGUUUGAAUCUCGUAGAAAAUAGAAAUAAUGAGAAAGAAACUAUGCACUGAAUGUGAGACACCUGUCGUCACUGUCAUGGAUGGUACUAUGGUCAUCGAGUACAGACACCAAAACUUUUGCUUUUUAUUUUUGUCUCUAGUAGUAAUAUGUUUGAAAUGAAAGUUAGGUAGACCAAUCCAAUGAUCAACAAUUCGCAACUGCUCCUUUUCAAAUUGUUAGAACCUGAGCUGUAUAUUCUUCAAACACAAGUCAAGUGAGAUUCUGAAUUGUUAGUUAAAGUUUAAAUGACAUCAUUUGCUGGAACUACACAGAAGUGUAAGGCAUGUGAGAAGAUAGUGUACUUGGUGGAUCAACUUACUGCUGACAACAAGGUCUAUCACAAAUCUUGCUUCAGAUGUCACCAUUGCAAGGGUACUCUCAAGUUAAGCAACUUUAGUUCCUUUGAAGGCGUUUUAUACUGCAAACCCCAUUUUGAUCAACUCUUUAAGAAGACUGGCAGCUUGGACAAAAGUUUUGAAGGAAUUCCAAGAACUAGUAGAGUUGAAAGAUCUACUAACCAGGUCCAAAGCAAUAGCCAGUUUUCAAAUUUGUUUGCUGGAACUCAGGAAAAAUGUGUUGCUUGCAAGAGAACAGUGUAUCCAAUUGAAAAGGUAGGUGUUUAUGGAAUUUCUUAUCAUAAGGGUUGUUUCAGGUGUAACCAUGGAGGAUGUGUAAUUAGUCCAUCAAACUAUGUGGCACAUGAACAUCGUCUUUAUUGUAGACACCACCAUACUCAAUUGUUCAAGCAGAAAGGUAAAUUCAGUCAACUUGACAAGCCAGACAAUGUAGAAGAAGGGGUGACUGAGAACACAACAACUGAGUAAUAUAAUGCAACUUAUCAGCCAUCAAUAGCACUGUUUCAAUCCACAGUUUUCUCUGUUUCUUUUGUAUGUGAUAAUUUUUUAGACAAAUUUUGAGUGAGGUUGAGAAUUGAGAAGGUAGCAGAUAGAGUCUUAUUUUUCCAAACAAACCAUAUUGCAGUUUCAGCUGCAUUCUGCUUUCAACCUUUAUACUACGUUGGUAUUUUUCAAGACUAAUGAAAUUUGGUUCUCUAAGUAA